AAUAGAAAUACGAAGCCGAAGCCGAAGCCGAAGCCGAAGGGAAGGGAAGGAAAGGGGAAAACUGAACCUGAAACUGAGAGACUCAUCACUGAAGGCGGUGCUGCUGCUGCUUGCUUCAUUGAUUUGAUGGCGAGGAGACUCGAUGAGGACUACGAUUACCUAUUCAAGAUCGUCUUGAUCGGAGAUUCCGGCGUCGGCAAGUCCAACUUGCUCUCCCGCUUCACGCGCAACGAGUUCUGUUUGGAAUCCAAAUCCACCAUCGGCGUCGAGUUCGCCACUCGUACUCUUCAGGUCGAUGGGAAAACAAUAAAAGCUCAGAUAUGGGACACGGCGGGGCAAGAGAGAUACCGCGCAAUAACAAGCGCAUACUACCGCGGCGCGCUCGGAGCAAUUCUUGUGUACGACGUUACAAAGCCAAUCACAUUCGAGAACGUGAGCCGGUGGUUGAAGGAGCUGAGGGAUCACGCGGACGCCAACAUCGUUAUAAUGCUGAUCGGAAACAAGACCGAUCUGAAACACCUCAGAGCAGUGUCGACCGAGGACGCUCAAGGCUAUGCUGAAAGGGAGGGGCUCUCGUACAUCGAAACGUCCGCCCUCGACGCCACCAACGUCGAGAGCGCUUUCCACCUCAUCCUUUCGGAGAUUCACAGGAUCAUCAGCAAGAAGUCGCUUCCCUCGAGCGAAUCUGCGACGAGCGUCAAAGAAGGGACGACCCUCGUCGUCGGGCCUCAAGACGGCGCCGGAAAGAGGGCUUGCUGCUCUGGUUCCUGAUUCUCAGGAAAUUAAGGGAUUACAUUUGCAUAGGAACCAGAGUAUCCAAAACUUCAUUUUACUAUCAAAUUGGGGAUUAAUAUGGGUAAGUGUCUCUGGAUUGGAUUUGAAUUUUGAAUUUAAAUAAUAAUAAUAAUAAAAAAAAAAAAAGAAUUGAAAUAAUACUUUUUUUAAUAUUUUAAAA